AUGUAUCUUGACGUUAAUGAAGCAGGUAGACAAAUUGAUGUAGAAUUAAUAAGUAGAGCUCAUAAAGGUCGUAUAAGUGCACCUCCUUUUGAACGUCAAGAAUUAUUAAAUUCCACCAGAAGGCUUCUUGAAUCUAAACGACUAUAA